AUGUGCGAUCAACAGGACCUGUCUGUGGAAGAGAGCAGUGACUACAGCGAGACCGAGGUCCUCCCUGACUCCUUCCCGUCAGCGCCGGCAGAACCUCUCCCAGAAUUCCUGCUGGAACCGGAAGACGCUUUCAUCGUAAAGAACCGGCCGGUCCAGCUACGGUGCCGGGCGUCACCAGCCACACAGAUCUACUUCAAAUGCAAUGGGGAAUGGGUCAAUCAGAAUGAUCACGUCACCAGAGAGAGCCUGGACCAGAUCACAGGUCUGGUGGUGAGGGAAGUGGACAUCUCAGUGUCGAGGACCCAGGUGGAGGAGCUGUUUGGACUGGAGGACUACUGGUGCCAGUGUGUGGCCUGGAGCUCGGCUGGCACCACCAAGAGCAACCGUGCCUAUGUUCGCAUUGCAUACCUGAGGAAGAACUUUGAGCAGGAGCCGCUGGGGCGUGAGGUGCGACUUGAGCAGGAGGUGCUGCUGCAGUGUCGCCCCCCGGAGGGCAUGCCCGCUGCCGAGGUGGACUGGCUGAAGAACGAGGAUGUCAUUGAUCCGUCGCAGGACUCCAACUUCCUGAUCACCAUUGACCAUGAUCUGAUCAUCAAACAGGCCAGACUCUUAGACACCGCAAACUAUACCUGUGUGGCUCGCAAUGUGGUGGCCAAACGACGCAGCAGCACCGCUACCCUCAUUGUUUAUGUGAGUGGAGGCUGGUCUUCUUGGACUGAAUGGUCAGAGUGUAACGCUCAGUGCGGACGGGGCUGGCAGCGACGGACACGCAGCUGUACCAAUCCUGCCCCUCUGAACGGAGGAGCCUUCUGUGAGGGUCCACCCUUCCAGAGAGUGACCUGCACCACACUGUGCCCAGUGGACGGAGGCUGGACAGUGUGGGCAAAGUGGUCCGCCUGUGGGACAGAGUGCACCCACUGGCGCAGUCGCGAGUGCCAAGCCCCCCCACCCAGGAACGGGGGGAAACACUGCAGCGGCAGCAUGAUGGAGAGUAAAAACUGUACUGAGGGGCUGUGCACACGAAAUAAAAAGAUUUCUAUUGAACAUGCAAGCCAUCCGCUGGCCCCAGGUAUUGGGGUAGCAGUCUAUGCUGGUCUGGUGGUGGCCCUGCUGCUGUGUGUGAUCCUGGCACUGUGCGUGGGCGGGCUUGCAUAUCGCCGCAGACACCGGCAUCUCCACGGAGAUAUCACCGAUUCUUCGUCUGCUCUCACCACCGCCUUCCACCCUGGCAACUACAAGCCUCCCAGACAGGAUAACCCUCAACCACUGCAUCCCUCAGCACCUCCAGAUCUGACAGCCACAGCGGGGGCUUUCCGCGGACCACUCUUCUCCCUGCAGCAGGGGAUCAACGACAGCCCCCACAAAAUCCCUAUGACCACCUCUCCCCUGCUGGACCCCUUGCCCAGUCUCAAAAUCAAGGUGUAUAACUCCUCCACUCUUUCCUCCAUGGAGCUUCCUGCUGACAUGGGCACAGGUGAUGGGGAGAUCCUUAGCCUGAAGUCGGUGGGCACUGUGGGUAGAGAGCGAGAGUACCACAGUCACACGCUGUCCAGGGAGCCUGGGCUGAGCACCAGCGCCACCCUUGGUAACCUGGGAGGACGCCUAACCAUCCCCAACACAGGUGUAAGUAUUCUGGUCCCACCUGGCACGAUCCCCCAGGGGAAGUUCUAUGAGAUGUACCUCAUUAUCAGCAAGUGGGACAAAACAACUCUACCAUCCGAAGGCAGUCAGACUGUACUAAGUCCUGUGGUGAGCUGUGGCCCAUCUGGUAUGCUGCUGAAUCGUCCUGUGGUCCUUACAUUGCCCCACUGUGCCCAGCUAGACACACCUACACCUGACUGGACCCUAACACUCAAGACUCAGACGCACCAGGGGGCAUGGGAGGAGGUUCUGACAGUGGGCGAAGAGACUUUGUCAUCUCCAUGCUACCUGCAGCUGGAGGAGGAGUGUUGUCAUGUUCUCAUGGAGCAAUUGGGAACCUAUGGCCUGGUCGGCCAGUCCUGUCCUCCACAGCCUGCCUGCAAACGCCUGCAGCUGGCUCUGUUUGCCCCCCGAGCACCCUGCCUCUCCCUGGACUACAGCCUCCGGAUCUACUGUAUCCAUGACACCCCACAUGCCCUCAAGGAGGUGCUGGAUUUGGAAAGGAGUCUAGGCGGAGUUUUGCUGGAGGAUCCCAAGCCGCUGCUCUUCAAAGACAGCUACCACAACCUGCGCCUGUCCAUCCACGACAUUCCUCACACUCACUGGAGAAGCAAACUACUGGCCAAGUACCAGGAGAUCCCGUUUUAUCACAUUUGGAGCGGCAGUCAGAGACCUCUGCACUGCACCUUCAGCCUGGAGAGGGGGAGUCUGGCUGUGUCGCAGCUGACCUGUAAGAUCUGUGUCCGACAGGUGGAAGGGGAGGGACAGAUAUUCCAGCUUCAUACGGACAUCCAGGAGACUCUACCACCACACUCGCCCCUCCCCUCGGGAGGUACCUGCCUGCCUUCCUCUCAAGUGGGACCCUAUGCCUUUCGCUUGCCUGACUCCAUCCGCCAGAAGAUCUGUGCCAGUUUGGAUGCACCCAGCGCUCGCGGGUGUGACUGGAGGCUACUGGCACGCAGCCUGGGCUUUGACAGGUACUUGAACUAUUUUGCAACAAAGCCCAGCCCUACAGGUGUUCUACUGGACUUAUGGGAAGCUUGUCACCAAGGUGACGCAGACCUGGUCUCUUUGGCAACUGCGCUGGAAGAAAUGGGCAAAAGUGAGGUGCUAGUUGUCAUGACAACAGAUGGGGACUGUUGA